AUACAAUGUGAUCAGUUUUACAGGGGAUAAAGCUGGCAAAGAUGAGGAAAAUUGGCUGUGCUCUCCUGGUACUCCAAGCUCUUCUGGCGCCCCUGGAUCUUGUUCAUGGAGCAGAGAAGAGUUAUCCCAUCCUGAACAUUGCAGUGAUUCUGGGAAGGACCAAGUAUAUCACAGAGAGAGAUAUCAGAGGUCUCUGGACCAGGGAAAUGUCAGCAGACCUGACUGUUGAUGUCAAUGUAGUGACCCUUCUGGUGAACCAGACUGACCCUAAAAGCAUCAUAACACAUGUUUGCGACUUGAUGUCCGGCACCAAGAUCCAUGGAGUAGUUUUUGGAGAUGAUACUGAUCAGGAGGCGGUAGCUCAGAUUUUGGAUUUUAUUUCGUCACAGACUUCUAUUCCAAUUCUUGGAAUUCACGGUGGGGCCUCCAUGAUAAUGGCAGAUAAGGAUGUGAUGUCAACGUUCUUCCAGUUUGGGGCUUCUAUCCAGCAGGAAGCCAUUGUCAUGCUGAAGAUCAUGCAGGAUUAUGACUGGCACGUGUUUUCUCUGGUGACCACCACCUUCCCUGGAUAUCGAGACUUCAUCAAUGUCAUUAAGACCACAGUGGAAAAUAGUUUUGUGGGCUGGGACAUGCAGAAUAUCAUCGUACUUGAUACUGCCUUUGGAGAUGCCAAGACACAAAUUCAGCUGAAGAAAAUUCAUUCAUCUGUCAUCCUGCUGUAUUGCUCCAAAGAUGAAGCUGUCUACAUACUGGAUGAGGCUCGCUCCCUGGGCCUUACUGGCUAUGAUUUCUUUUGGAUAGUUCCCAGCCUGGUUAGUGGUAACACAGAAAUCACCCCCAAGGAGUUUCCUUCAGGACUCAUUUCAGCAUCUUAUGAUGAGUGGGACUACAGCUUAGAAGCUCGGGUGCGGGAUGGCCUUGGGAUUAUUGCCACUGCUGCAUCAGCCAUGCUGGAAAAAUAUUCCUUCAUUCCUGAAGCAAAAACUAGCUGUUAUGGUCAACUGGAGAAAAAUGACCGGCCAUCUCACACCUUGCACAAGUUUAUGAUGAAUGUGACUUGGGAAGGUAAAGAUUUGUCCUUCACAGCCGAUGGUUAUCAGGCACAUCCCAGGCUGGUGGUGAUUGUACUGAACAAAGAUCGCGAAUGGGAGAAGGUGGGGAAAUGGGAGAACAACUCACUCAGCCUGAAGUACUCUGUCUGGCCAAGGUACAGCUCUUUUGCAGACAGUGAACCGGAUGAUAACCAUUUGAGUAUUGUCACCUUGGAGGAGGCUCCCUUUGUCAUUGUUGAGGAUGUGGAUCCUUUGAUGGAAAGUUGCCAAAAAAACACUGUGCCAUGUCGUAAAUUUGUCAAAAUUAACAACUCAACUAAUGAGGGAACUAAUGUAAAGAAGUGCUGCAAAGGAUUCUGCAUUGAUAUCUUGAAGAAAUUGUCUAAAACUGUCAAGUUCACGUAUGAUCUGUAUUUGGUGACUAAUGGGAAACAUGGCAAAAAAGUCAAUAAUGUGUGGAAUGGAAUGAUUGGUGAAGUGGUAUAUCAUCGUGCAGUUAUGGCUGUGGGGUCUCUCACUAUUAAUGAAGAACGCUCUGAAGUGGUUGACUUUUCAGUGCCAUUUGUUGAGACUGGGAUUAGUGUCAUGGUGUCACGGAGCAAUGGCACAGUUUCACCAUCUGCUUUUCUAGAGCCUUUUAGUGCUUCCGUCUGGGUGAUGAUGUUUGUGAUGCUUCUCAUUGUGUCCGCCAUGGCUGUCUUUAUAUUUGAGUACUUUAGUCCUGUAGGAUAUAACAGGAACUUAGCACAAGGGAAAGAUCCCCAUGGACCAUCCUUCACCAUUGGCAAGGCAGUGUGGUUACUCUGGGGCUUGGUAUUCAACAACUCUGUGCCAGUGCAAAACCCCAAAGGGACGACCAGUAAAAUCAUGGUGUCAGUUUGGGCCUUCUUUGCUGUCAUUUUCCUGGCUAGUUAUACUGCCAACUUAGCUGCAUUUAUGAUUCAAGAGGAAUUUGUUGACCAAGUGACUGGACUGAGUGAUAAAAAGUUUCAAAGGCCACAUGAUUAUUCACCUCCUUUUCGAUUUGGAACAGUCCCAAAUGGAAGCACAGAGAGGAAUAUCAGAAACAACUACCCUGAUAUGCACCUUUACAUGACAAAGUAUAAUCAGAAAGGAGUUGAAGAUGCCUUGGUCAGCUUGAAAACUGGGAAGCUGGAUGCUUUCAUCUAUGAUGCAGCAGUGCUAAAUUACAAGGCUGGAAGAGAUGAAGGCUGCAAACUUGUCACAAUAGGCAGUGGAUACAUCUUUGCCACUACGGGCUACGGAAUAGCACUUCAGAAAGGAUCACCUUGGAAGAGACAAAUUGAUCUAGCCCUCCUUCAAUUUGUUGGUGAUGGGGAAAUGGAAGAGUUAGAAACCCUUUGGCUGACUGGCAUUUGCCACAAUGAGAAGAACGAAGUCAUGAGCAGCCAGCUGGAUAUUGACAACAUGGCAGGAGUGUUUUACAUGCUUGCAGCAGCCAUGGCACUCAGUUUAAUAACCUUUAUCUGGGAACACUUAUUUUACUGGAAACUUAGAUUCUGCUUCACUGGAAUCUGCUCAGAUAGACCGGGAUUGUUGUUCUCAAUCAGCAGGGGUAUUUACAGCUGCAUUCAUGGAGUACAUAUUGGAAAAAAGAAGUCUCCUGACUUUACUUUGACCAAUUCCCAAUCCAACAUGUUAAAACUACUACGAACAGCAAAAAAUAUGACCAAUAUCAAUCCUUCAAGAAUUAACUCCCCCAAAAGAACAGCUGAUUUUAUUCAGAGGGGUUCCUUGAUUAUGGACAUGGUCGUGGAUAAGGGAAACUUGGUAUUUUCUGAUAACAGAUCCUUUCAGACAAAGGACAACUUUUUUGGUGAAAAUGUGAGUGAACUGCAGACACUUCCAGGCAAUCGGCACAAGGACAAUCUUAACAACUAUGUUUUCCAAGGUCAGCAUCCUCUCACGUUGAAUGAGUCCAAUCCAAAUACAGUAGAGGUAGCAGUAACAGCAGAAGCAAAAGUGAACUCCAGACCCAGGCAGCUUUGGAGGAAAUCUGUUGAAUCUUUACGUCAAGAAUCUGUACGUCAGAGCCAAGGUUCCCAGAGGGAAAACGGGUCAGAUGAAAACAGGCAACUUUCAGUGAAAAGCCAAAGAUACCUUCCCGAAGAGAUUGUCCAUUCAGAUGUAUCGGAGACAUCAAGCCGAGCUACUUGCCAUAUGGAACCAGAAAAUAACAACAAGCACCACAAAACCAAGGACAAUUUUAAAAAAAGAACAGUAGCAUCAAAAUACCCAAAAGAUUGUAGUGAAGUGGAACUAACAUAUCUGAAAACCAAGCAGAGCUCUCCACGGGAUAAAAUCUACACAAUUGAUGCUGACAACGAGCCAGGAUUCCACUUGGACACACCUCAGUACAUCGAAAACAUUGUCCUUCCAGAAACUAUAGAACUUCCUGAUGUUUAUCAAGAUCACAAUGACAACUACAGGAAAGCAGAGCAUGCUAACAGGACUCCACUACAUAAUGAAGACAGUCUUCCAAAUAAUGACCAGUAUAAACUUUAUGCAAAGCAUUACAGUUUAAAAGAUAAAAAUGCUUCCCUAGUUGACAUGAAUGAUAGAUACAGACAGAAUUCCACCCACUGUAGGAGCUGUCUUUCUAAUUUGCCCACUUAUACGGGACAUUAUUCAGGCAGAUCUCCCUAUAAAUGUGAUGCAUGCUUGCGGAUGGGGAACCUCUAUGAUAUUGAGGAAGAUCAGAUGCUGCAGGAUACAACGAACUUAUCACUUCCUGAAGAAAUAUAUGAACAUAGUUGGUCACAUAAUAAUGCUCUGCAAUAUCAUAAAAAAAACAAGUUGAGGAUUAGCAGGCAACAUUCUUUUGAUAAUAUUGCUGAUAAGUCCAGGGAAAUUGAUAUUGGAAGACCUUCUCGUAGUAUAAGCUUGAAAGAAAAAGAGAAGUUUCUACAAAGUAGUCCAUAUGCAAGCAUGUUUAGUGUUCCCUCAAGCAAACUGUUGAGCAACAAAGCCUCACUUUUAACUCAUGCUCUAGAGGACAGUAAGCGGAGCAAGUCCCUGUAUCCUGUUCACUCAGAAGAUAAUCCCUUUCUGCACUCGUAUCGUGACGACCAGCACUUAUCUCUUAGGCGAAAUCCACCUGAUCUUUAUAAAUAUUCAUUACCAUCCAAAGGAAGAAAUGAUAAUUAUUUAAGGUCAUCCAUAAAGUCUACAGCAUCAUACUGUUCGAGGGAUGGUCGGAUCCAUAAUGACAUGUACAUUUCAGAGCAUGUUUUGCCUUAUGUUGCAAAUAGGAAUAGCGUGUACUCAACUCCAAGGGUUUUAAAUUCCUGUAGCAAUAGGCGUGUGUAUAAGAAAAUGCCUAGCAUUGAAUCAGAUGUUUAAAUUUUCCAUGAACACUUUAUCUAUAGGGAAAAAUAGUUGCCACCAUCUUAGAGGGAGAAUAUUUCCUUUAACAGUAUCCUGCUAUAGUAAAUGAUAUGUAAACCUCUCCCUUUCUCAGUGUACUUUUGUACAUGAAUAGGUAAACUAGUAUGCUCUAGAGCAUCCUUUUGAAAUAUGUCUUGUUGAAAAGGAGAAAAAAAAUAGCCAUUUAUGUAUACUUUAUAUAAAUGGCAAGCUGUACUGGAAUAGCCCCAAUAUAUGUUGGCAACUAUGCUGUUUUGUAUCUAAUUAUUUUACUAUUUCGGUUAUUCUAAUUUCUGUUGCUAAGUAUCAUUC